AGAGGGAAGCCUAAAUUAGGAGAGGAAAGAGCGUCGCAGAGGACAGAGAGAGAAAGUUCACGAAUUGAUCCUUCAACAUUGUCCGUAGACUGCUCGAAAACACUCGAGUCUCGUCUGUUCUAAGUUUCCAGUUCAUACUCUCCAGGUCUUCGAUUCAAAAGCUAAACAGUACGCGGAGGCGAAUCGAUUGAGAGCCUUGCACAGAUAGAUUAGAAGAGAUGGCGUUGGACGACGUCCCAUUGGAUGAUAAAGCGAAGAGAAUGAGGGAUCUACUAUCGAGCUUCUACUCUACAGAUCCUACCAUGUCUGCCAACGGUUCUUCGAAACACGGGACCCUUGAUGCCAUUAACACCGUCUCGUUUGAUCCCGAUCACUACAUGAAUCUCCUUGUCGAAAAUUCAAAUUUGGAGGGGCUACUGCAGAGGCAUGUUGAAAUGGCUGCUGAGAUUAAGAAUCUUGACACUGACUUGCAAAUGUUAGUUUAUGAAAACUACAACAAGUUUAUCAGCGCUACAGACACAAUUAAAAGGAUGAAGAAUAAUAUUGUCGGCAUGGAAGCAAAUAUUGAGCAACUCCUUGACAAGGUCUCUCGUGAGAUAAAGUCCGUGCAAUCCAGAAGCGAUGGGGUAAACACAUCUCUUUUUGAGAAGAGAGAACAUAUAGAGAAAUUACAUCGCACACGUACGCUUUUGCGUAAAGUUCAGUUCAUUUAUGAUCUACCUGCCAGACUUGGAAAGUGUAUCAAAUCGGAGGCUUAUGCUGAUGCAGUCAGGUUUUAUAUUGGGGCAAUGCCAAUUUUUAAGGCAUACGGGGAUUCAUCAUUUCAGGACUGUAAGAAAGCAUCUGAAGAAGCAGUGGCCAUUAUAAUUAGUAAUUUGCAGGGAAAACUGUUCUCAGAUUCAGAAUCAAUACAAGCAAGAGCUGAGGCUGCAGUGCUUCUUAAGCAGCUGGAUUUCCCGGUGGACAGCUUAAAGGCAAAACUACUUGAAAAGUUAGAACAGUCCAUUGCGGACCUUCAGCUUAAAUCAGAUGACAUCACCAAUGUUUUGGCAGAGGUCAAGGAUCUUUCCAAACAAGAAAAUAGUCCUUCUGAACAUGAGGCUUCAGUUCGUGAAUUUUCGAAAGCUAUCCAAGCUUAUCGAGUAAUAUUUCCCGAUUCCGAAAUGCAACUGAUUCAACUUUCUCAAGACCUGAUUAGGAGGCACUUUGAAGCUGUUGAGCGGUGUGUAAAGAAAAGGAUUAAUUCAGCAGAUUUUCUUGAUGUUCUUCGAAUUAUAUGGACAGAUGUGCUUCUGAUUGAUGAAGUGUUACAUGAGGCUGCUCUCCCCAAUUAUUGUCUCGAGGCUGGUCAGGUUGCUAUCAAACAGUAUCUCACCAGCACAUUUUCUCUUCUUCUGCAUGAGAUUUCAGCUUGUCUUUCAAAGGUCCAUAACGUACAGGGGGGAGUGGAAGAACAUCCUUUGCAAGAAGCCCUGGAGGCCAGCAAAAAGGCAUUGCUUCAAGGCUGCAUGGAAGUCUUAAUGGACUUCCACCAACUUCUUGAUACUACCUUAGAACUACUAGUUAAAUUGAGGAACUUCAUUAUUGACUUGGUUCAAGAAGGAUUUCAAGAUUUCUUCAGGACACUUGAAUAUCACUUUGUGUCCCUUUCGGGAAGAAACAAUUCGGGUCAACAUCAAGGUUUGACUGAGGGGGCUGACAAAGUUCUUCCUGGACUUGUCCUGGUGCUGGCUCAACUUUCUGUUUUUACUGAACAAACUGCUGUGCCAAGAGUUACUGAGGAAAUAGCUUCUUCUUUCUCUGGAGGUGGUAUUCGAGGCUAUGAAAAUGGACCUGCCUUUGUACCUGGAGAAAUUUGUCGAAUGUUCCGAUCGGCUGGUGAGAAGUUCCUGAACCAAUAUGUAAAUAUGAGAACUCGGCGGAUAUCAAUUCUCCUAAGGAAGAGGUUUACAACACCGAAUUGGGUCAAGCACAAGGAGCCUAGAGAAGUUCAUAUGUUUGUAGAUUUAUUUCUUCAGGAGUUGGGAGCCAUAGCAACCGAAGUGAAGCAGAUUUUACCUCGAGGGGUUCUUCGAAGGCAUCAUCGGUCAGAUAGCAAUGGUAGCACUACCUCUUCACGAAGCAAUCCACUGAGAGAUGAUAAACUCAGUCGUUCAAAUACCCAACGGGCAAGGAGCCAGCUUCUGGAAACCCAUCUCGCAAAAUUAUUUAAGCAGAAAGUCGAGAUUUUUACGAAAAUGGAAUAUACACAGGAAUCUGUAAUAACAACUAUAGUAAAACUGUGUCUUAAAAGCUUGCAAGAAUAUGUCCGACUCCAGACUUUUAACCGAAGUGGUUUUCAGCAAAUCCAGCUGGACAUUCAGUUUCUAAGGACUCCUCUAAAAGAAACCGUUGAAGAUGAAGCAGCCGUUGACUUUCUGCUUGAUGAGGUGAUUGUAGGAACAUCAGAGCGUUGUCUCGACCCAAUUCCUCUGGAGCCCUCCAUCCUAGACAAACUCAUGCAAGCAAAGUUGGCAAAAACGAAGGAACGGAAUCCAGUGUCUACCUGAUUAUAAUAGGCCCAAAUUGUCAUUAAAAUCCAGCAGGCAAUAGCUUCAACUGCACAGCUUAAUGGAGAGAUCUAUUCUUUAAUCUCCAAACUAAAAAGCAUUCUUGGUCAUCCGCAUCCAUUUGUCAGUUUAUCUGAUUCGAUGGAAUGGCUGUUUGUUUCGCUUAGCUGUGUACCUUGGGAAUAUCUUCCUCGCGGUCAUGCAUAAUAGGGGACUCUCCGGAUUGUGUAUGUAUAUGUAUGAGAAAUUAAAGUGGUGUGACAGGUUGUUAGACUGUUAGGGCAGGGGGAUGCUACCUCUUGUGUGGAAUUGUUGUGGUUCCUUUACAUGUAUCUGUGGUCCACAAAUAUACCUCUUGUGUGUGUGUGCGAUGGAUAUUCUGAGUAUUGUAUGUAAAAUCAAGGUUCUGUGGGCUUGUCUCUGGAUUUAGGGCUUGGGUGCCUUGAGGUUGGAAGUUCGAGCACCAGUUGGGAUUUUUUCUUGUGAAAUCUUGGUUUUACGGGCUUGUCUCGCUUUUGGGUCUCUAUACGUAUGGAUUUUGGUCAAAUUUUAUGUUAGAACUGUGGUGUGGAAUGUUUUGGUGACUCAAAGUUUGUCUAUUCAGCUAUCCAAAGGGUAUUUGCCGGCA